AUGAUACCUGGUGGAAAGGACCACACUCCCUCAAAAACAGAAGAUCACUGGCCGGCUGACAUUCCUUCCGAACAGAACCAAGUCUCCUGCCAUGUCGACGAAGUCCACUCGGAUCCGCCACCGACGAAUACACUAUUCCAACCCGAGCGAUUCAGCAGCUGGUUACGUUUACUUCGAGUGGUUUACACCAGUCUUCUUUUCUUCGUCAAAAAAUCGAACAAGGCUAAACAACAGUUUGGAGAAUCAAGUUCAGAAAUUCAUGAAAAGGCCGAAGUUAUCCUAUUUUGGAAAGCACGGAUGGACUUCCCACCAAAUUCAGCAAUCAUGGAACAGCUGAACCUCUACUUCUGUGAGGAAACAAAACUAUGGAAGUCUCGAGGAAGAGUGGAGAAUGCCGAUCUCCCAAAAAAAGCGAUUAGCCCCGUAUAUCUGCCGCGAGAAAGCCAUAUAACUAGCCUGUAUGUUCUCCAUGUUCACGUUACCAAUAACCACUGCGGAGUCAACCAUAUACUAACCGAACUUCGUCAAAAGGUAUGGAUAACAAAAGGAAGGCAUACUAUGAAGCGAGUGCUCAACAAACUCUGCUAUCACUGCAAACGCUAUACGGCUCAACCAUUCAAGCUUUCGGAAUUCCCGCCGCAUCCGGCAAAACUGUUCGACGUCCCAAUUAUCCCUUUGAAAGCGUAG